UCUUUUUGAAGCACCAGUUUAUAAGAUAGUUAAAUGUUUUGUUUCUUAUUUUAUGUGUACAUGUGUGCACCCAUGAGAUUAUGUUUACUUUAUGUGUGCAGGAACCUGUAGAGGCCAGAAGAGGAAUUGGAUCCCCUAGGACUAGAGUAGUUUGGAGCUACCAUGUGGGUGUUAGGAGUUGAAUGAACAGUAUAACCACUGAGCCAGCCCCUAGGUAUAUUUUCUUAGAAAUAACACCAUUUCUUAGAAAUAACACCAUUUGUAUCUUUCAAGGACAUACAUCAGUUAGGUAGCACAUUGGCAAUGAGGUCAGAUGAGCAUGGCCAGUAUGCUUAGUAUAUUAUGUUAGCUUUCCUUAUACCUCACUAAAGCACCUUAAAUAAGGGACAGAGAUUGCAUGGCAGUAGCAGAAGCCCUGGUGGCAGGGGUAGGCUAUGUAGUAGCUUCUUCUGUGGCACUCACCAGAAAGCACAGAGCUUCUUGGGGCAGAAGUCAUGCUGAACUGUAACUUUCAGGGCCCACACCUAGUAGGCCUACAUCCACCAGCCAAGCCCCAGGUCCAGAGGUCUCCUAAAACAAUGCCACCAUCUGGGAGCAAGUGCUGAAACCGGUGAGGCUGUGGGAACAUUGCACAGCUAAAUCAUAGCUGAAUGUGCCCAUCUUAGACUUAAAGACAGGAAGCAUCCAGAGCACUGGAGAUGCUGAAGACAGGUACGUGGCUUGAAGGAACUCACCAAGGGGCUACUGUUAUCGUUUGGUGCGUCCUGCUCACAAGUGUCUCCGGAACAGUUCUCUUACAAGAAAACAAUCCUAUCUACCUAGGCUUUGCAUUAUAAUAUAUUCCACGUGUUUUGUUUCCUGAGAAGUGCUUACUAACAGCAGUGCCGUAUGUACCCCAGAAUGCUCUACAUAAAGCAGGAGUUACUGUAAUUGCUGUUUUCUCCUUCUCACACAAGUCAUGCAUAUUACAGCUGGAUGUAUGCCCUUGAUUGUGUCAUGUAUGGUUGGUGGCAUUGAUGAUGUAAUGCACAAAUCCUAGUAUACCAUACUUUUUUGAGCAUAGUUAAUAUGAUGUGUAAGUUUUCAGGCAUCAGGUAUUGGAGAACAGAGAUGGAAAAAGUAUAGAACAGACAUGAUGUGUAAGUUCUCAGUGAGGCAUCAGGUAUUGGAGAACAGAGAUGGAAAAAGUAUAGAACAGACAUGCCGGUAAGGACGAAUUCAUUCUGGAGUGGGCUACAUUCUUGAGAAUGAAACCACUUAGGGGGAAACAGAACAGAAGUGCUUGCUUCUGUCCUUGUAAUAACAAUACCUGAGAAAAUUAGUGUUAAAAGACAGAGAAAUCUUGUGGCUCAUGGUUAUAUAAGUUCACUCUGCUCCUUGUUUUUGUCCAUACAGGGCAAUAUGCUGUGGAAGGGCCUGACUAAUAAAGAAGACUGUGUCCUCGUAAUGUCCUAACUUCCUUGUAGCAGGCCCACUUUCUGAAGCCCCGUGUCAUUCCAAGGGAUGUUGGAGACAGCCACAUCCAGACUGUAUUAGCAGGUACCUACGUGGAGCUACCAUGGAAAAGUCCUGGAUGCUGUGGAGCUUCAUUGAAAGAUGGCUACUGGCCUUGGCGUCCUGGUCUUGGGCUCUCUGCCGUAUCUCUCUGUUACCUUUGAUAGUGACUUUUCAUCUGUAUGGAGGCAUUGUCUUACUUUUGUUAAUAUUCGUGUCAAUUGCAGGUAUCUUAUAUAAAUUCCAAGAUGUCUUGCUGUACUUUCCAGAACAGCCAUCUUCUUCCCGCCUUUAUGUUCCCAUGCCCACGGGUAUUCCCCAUGAAAACAUUUUCAUCAGAACCAAAGAUGGAGUGCGCCUGAAUCUGAUCUUGGUGAGAUACACUGGAGACAAUUCCCCCUAUUGCCCAACCAUAAUUUAUUUUCAUGGAAAUGCCGGCAACAUAGGCCACAGGUUACCAAACGCACUGCUUAUGCUGGUGAACCUCAAAGUGAAUCUCGUGCUUGUUGAUUACCGGGGCUAUGGGAAAAGUGAAGGAGAAGCCAGUGAAGAAGGACUGUAUUUGGAUUCUGAAGCUGUGCUAGACUAUGUGAUGACAAGACCUGACCUCGAUAAAACAAAGGUUUUCCUUUUUGGCCGCUCCCUGGGAGGAGCAGUGGCCAUUCACUUGGCCUCUGAGAAUUCUCACAGGAUUUCAGCCAUCAUGGUGGAGAACACAUUCCUAAGUAUACCACACAUGGCCAGCACUCUAUUUUCAUUCUUCCCAAUGCGUUACCUUCCUUUAUGGUGCUAUAAAAAUAAGUUUCUGUCCUACAGAAAGAUCUCCCAGUGCAGGAUGCCUUCUCUCUUCAUCUCUGGCCUCUCUGACCAGUUGAUUCCACCUGUGAUGAUGAAACAGCUCUACGAGCUCUCCCCAUCCCGGACUAAGAGAUUAGCCAUUUUCCCAGAUGGGACGCACAACGACACAUGGCAGUGCCAAGGCUACUUCACUGCACUAGAACAGUUUAUCAAGGAAGUGAUCAAGAGUCAUUCUCCCGAAGACAUGACAAAAACAUCAUCCAAUGUCACCAUCAUCUGAUGCCAUCCUCUUGAUGGAUGCCUUGGGUUUCAGUGUGUGGAGAUUGAUGUCUUUUCUGGGUGUGUGUUCGUACUGGUCUGCACAGUGACUGAGCUUUGAAAGGCCUCAGCACUCCAUUCUGAUGAUCCUGUAACUUCCCAAAUUUUCAAACUGGGCUUCUUAAGAGUGCUUGAUAUUCUCAUCAGAACUCCAGCCUAGUGAAAUACCCUUAACUUUAGUUUAACACGCUGGUUUGAUAGAUGUCAUCCAAAAGUUUCUUGCUGGUUAAGUGGUAUAAUCUCAGUUGUACUCAGAUGGAGAUACAAACAAGAAACCUUCAGGUGUCUGUCUUUCCUUUAGUGAAUAUUGGGACAAUCACGGUAAGCAAGCAAGUGCUACUGCGUUUUCACCUUAAACAUUAAGAUGAAGUGCAUGGUGGUGUUUUAUUCUUGACUUAUGCAAUGCGAUAUUUUUAAUGUAAAUAACACUGGUCACAUGCCAAUGUAUAUGGUUUCCUGGGUUAUAUCUAUUUUUAUGUAAACUCUAUUUUGUUUCAGUGAGGAGUGAGUGUGAGGCCUGUGGUCAGAUUCCAUGUUCUGCUGCUACUGAGAUCCGGCUUUUUCCUAAUAAUAAACAGGACCUUUUUCCAAUAUAGAUGUACUGUGUUUUUGUUAGGAGCUGUCUGGAUUGUGGCUAGUGGGAUAGGAGGUUUGCAUCUUGCUGCAGCUUUCUUUGUAUAUUGAACUUUUUAACAUUUGUGAUUUUGGUUGCAAACGAAAUUUUAGCCUCUGUCAGUUUGUGAAUCUUCAGCUAAACAAUAACAGCCACAGCAAAGGAUAGAACUAGCCGACGGUUGAGUGAGGAUAACUCAACACGUGUGCACACUGCCUUAUGCAAUGCUUUCAUCUGAGUGAAGUCCCAGUACCUAGGAUGUGCCUGACCUGACAGAGGCAAGCAUCAUUUAUUGAACUUUUUGGAAGUAAAUUUCAGAAUGAAAGAAAAACAAAAAAGCAAAUAAUCAAGUAUGGCUUAAUAUUCCAGUUCUGUGUAAUGGGCUAUAUAAAGUCUUAGGAAAAUUUGUCAGUUUUUUUCCCCAGCCUGUUACACAUGUAGCAAUUAAGGAGCUGUAGGUGGGAAGUUGUGUGCCCUUUAAGCCUGGAAGCAUUUAGAAACAUCCAGUCAGGAAGUGGAACCUGCCAAGUCCUUUCCCACAGUCCUCACCAGGUAGAUGUGCUUGAGCCCUUGCACAUUAGGUCAUCUCCAACCCAGGAUUGUAGCUAGCUUAGCUGUGUUUGUUGACCUUCCACAAGCAGCUAGAGCACAGUAGUGGUGAGCCAGUAGUCUUGACCUUAAUUUACAACGUUCCACGGACACAGGGCUAGAAGUACUUUUGCCAGGUAGCAUUCUUAGCCUUCAUUUUAUGCCAAUGUUUAGAAAACAAUGAUGUAUAGUAAGUAUAAUUUCUAAAGAAUAAUGCUUUUCUAUAAAUUAUUAAUUGUAAAGAGUCUUGUUUUUUAAAGAGUUGGUAACUCAUCGUGGAGGGUGUAUUUUGUAUGUGUAAACUCACCACAGUUAAAGGCUGCUUUUCAUCCUGUCAGUCUUUGCUGUGUAGAAUGACUAUCUGAAUACUCAUCUGCUGAAAGGGCGAUAUGUAGCAACAGCCAGAGUGCAGACUCGAGUGCCAUGGCAUACUUGGUUUUUACAUUUACAGAGUACUGUGCUGAAAGGGCGAUAUGUAGCAACAGCCAGAGUGCAGACUCGAGUGCCAUGGCAUACUUGGUUUUUACAUUUACAAAGUGCUGUGCUGAAAGGGCGAUAUGUAGCAACAGUCAGAGUGCAGACUCGAGUGCCAUGGCAUACUUGGUUUUUACAUUUACCGAGUACUGUAUUGGAGUUCUGUUUUCAUUAACCCCCUGGCCUGGAGGAGUUUACCGAUGUAUUGUAUGUAUCAUCCACUGAAAUGGAACAGUUGCUCCUUCCUUGCUCUUUUCUCUGCUGCUUUCUGUUCAGCUUUUGCUGACAGGACUUGUGGGGUGGAAGAACACCAUUCAGUUGUACUACCUUGCUCUCCUAGAGAGAGUACUUCACUUCAGCAGGGACAGCUAUGUUUAAGGAUGUAGAACAUCUCUCAUUACCAGCUAUGUGUUUGAUAAAAUUUCUCUAGAUGAGUAGGGAUAGAAAACAAGCUCAAGCUCAGACUUUCAGGGGCCAUGAUACACCCCAGCAUCAUUUUUAAAAACUCAUUUGGUCUCUGAAACGUGACUACUGCAGGAGGCACUCCUUCACUUCAGACUCUUCAUUGGUGGGAGUGGUCAUGGUCUGUCAAUCUCUAACUCAUUGAGAAAUGAGAGACACGGAUAAAUAAUCUUAAGUUAUGCAGCUACUAUGAAUUUAGAAAUACCAAAAUUAAGACAAGAUAAACUUAGAAAAGUCUUAAAUUCCAUAUUUUAAAGAAUAAUAGAGAGUGAGACUUAAGAAACAAAGGAUCCUACAGAGAAUACUGCAUACUGAAAGAAGAAAGUGUUGCAGACUAAAGGAAACUAAUAGGUUAGAAACCACUUGACAGCAGUUGGCGAUUCCAUUCUUAAAUUAGAUGUAGGAAUACUUAAUUUGUGAGGUGGAUGGACAGAAAACUUCAGAACACAGUUUUAGAUCAAAGCCCUAACAUAAGAUGACCCUUGUCAGCCUCAUGUAACUGUCUUAAGGUUUUGACUAUAAUGGCACAGCCAUUAAAUUUUGCUGUAAAAUUAAAUGUUGCUGUAAAAUGGGUCCUACAACAACUUAAGUUGGCUGGAUACACUUAUAGAAGGGCUAGAGACACUUACUGUUGAGACAGAUGAUGGUUCUGGUGACAUGGCAUGUGUGUCCCUGAAGUUAACACCUAUGAUGCUUGCUCUUCUGUUAGGUUUGGCUUGGGUGGGAGUAGACCUGGCAGAGAUGAUUAAAGCUCUCUUAGGUAGCUCCCACAUGGGUUACCUAUCAGACAGCCUGCAUAGCAGAUAUUUACAUUAUAAUUCAUAACAGCAUAAUUAUAUUUAUGAGGUAGCAACAAAUAAUUUUAUGA